UUAUUAAAGGAACUGACUGGAAGUUUGAUGUUUUUAUGGCUCGUUGGAGCGAAGCAGGUUGAAACCGAACCGAACCGAACCCGGUACCAGAACCAGGAGCCGCCGCUGUUCUGCUGUCGAUCACCUGCUGUUUGGAUCCCGGUUCUGUUGACGACCCCGUUUGGACCCAGCUAUGGGUCAGAUGGAACCAGAACCACUCAGACUGGAAGUUGAUCACGUUUGGACCUGAUCCGGAUCAUUGUGUUAUUUUGUUUGAGAUGGAGAACUACAGCCGGGCCCGGGUCGUGGAGCAGCCGUGCGUCUCUCCGUUCGCCGGGCUUCCCGCCGACACGCCGGAGGUCCGGGUCAGAGACGGCAGCAAGAUCCGGAACCUGCUUCGCUUCGCCCUGAGCCGGCUGGAGGCCGGGCCGGGCCGGGCCCAGGAGGAAGUGGAGGAGGCCGGUUCUGGUCCCGGUCCGCCCUGCAGUCGGCUUCUGUUCAGCGCCAGCGGCCGGGCCGUUUCCAAGGCGAUCACCUGCGCAGAGGUGGUGAAGCGGCGCCUGAAGGGGCUGCACCAGCUGACCCGGCUGGCCCAGUCCACGGUUCUGGAGGUGUGGGAGCCGCUGGAGGCCGGCGCCGGCCUGGACAGCCUGACCGUCAGCAGGAAGCUGCCGGCCGUCUGGAUCCUGCUCUCCCGGGAGCCGCUGGACCCGGAGCAGCCCGGCUACCAGGCGCCGGGGCGCUACGACGCCCUGUGGGCCCCGGGGGGCGCCGGCGGGCCGCGCACCGGGCCCCGCACCGGGCCCCGCACCGGGCCCCGCAGGAGGGGAGGAGGAGGAGGAGGAGGAAGAGGGAAAGGCUCCGGCCGACACACCGGCCGCUCCAGAGACCCUGGCAAAGGACAGUAGAGGUUUCCAUAGCAACUGGACAGGAAGUGACUCCAUGUUUGAGUUCAGUUUGAUGUUUUGAUUUAAUAAAGUUGAGCAGGAGAAAGUAUUCACACCCUGCUAACUUCCAGCCAUCCUGGUUUUUACUGGAAAACGUUGGGACAAACUGGAGCUAAAAAUCUGAAAAGUGUGGCCUGCUUCUCCAUUUUUUUGUAUUUAUUUCAAGUCCAGUUUUAUGUUUUCUGUUCCAUCGUGAUUUAUUAAAGCUUUUCUGAAGGUUGAA